CAUGUCUACAUAAGAGCAGCAUCCUGGACAGGACAAUAGCUCCUAAAGCUGCUGAGACAAAUACAUGCCAAGGACUACAGAGAGAGAGAGAGAGAGAGAGAGCGCAGAACAAGCCCAGAGGGAAGGACAGCAGCAUUUCAGAGAGGACAGAACAGGCAGGAAGAGGCAACAUUUGCAGGUUUAUUCCGUUGCUGAGGACCUUGUAAAGGAGCUAAAGAGCCUGUUUUUGGAGGUUUUCUAUUCCUUCUGCACACGGACGUCCACUCUGUCUCCCAGUGCUGCUGCUGCUGUGAGGCGACAGUCUCCGUGCUUCUGUGCACAGCAUCAGAAGAGACUGUUUUACAGUCCGAGACCAUGAGUGAGGCGAAGAAAGGUGAACUAGCCAUCCGGGAUAAAGCCAUCCUGCACCAGCAGAGGCGUCUGAAGCAGGCUACCCAGUUCACACACAAGGACUCGGCUGACCUCCUGCCCCUGGAUGGGCUGAAGAGACUGGGCACGUCCAAGGACCUGCAACCUCACAGCAUCGUCCAGCGCCGCCUGCUGGAGGGAAACAUCCCGCGGCUGCGAGGCGAGGCGAGGGACCCCAGCGCCAGGGUUCGAUCCCCGCUGGCCGACACCAAGGACGGACCCACGGACGCAGAGGAGAGGAGCGAGAGCACGGCCGACGACUCCACAGAGGAGAGGGAGUCUCUGGAGGAGAGCGAGAGGAGCCUUCGGUCGGACGAGGAGGACGACAACAGCGAAGCAGGAGCCAGACAGACAGCGGAGAAGCCAGAGGGCACGGAGAGCUCAACCAUCCUCACAGCUCUGGUCAUUCAAUGCAAGUGCUGCGAGGCUGAAGUCAAGGCAUCCAUCAACACUGGCAGCCAACAUAACCACAUCUCCACCUCCUGCUGCCAGAGGCUGGGACUGGUGCCCAGUUCACCAUGUGGAGGAAGCAGCUCAGUGACGGAUCUGCAGCUGCAGCUGGGCAGGCAGACGCUCCGGUGUUCAGCCUAUGUCAAAGAGGAUGAGGCGUUUGAGCUGUGCCUGGGUCUUCAGACUCUGUUGGAACUUAAAUGCUGCCUGGAUCUGAGCAGUCGGGUCCUGAAGCUGCAGGGCUGCGGCGAGGAGCUGCCCUUCCUGAACCCUUCGCCUGACAGCCAGUGCCAUCACGACACCAACGAGAACCUGUGAGCCCAACGCGACGCCGGCGACCGCCUCCUCUUGGCCUGACCGGUUGCAGCAGCAGCAGCGUGGCAUCGUGCUGUUUGUGUCUGGACCGUCCGAUCACAGUGUCUCUCACUGCCAGAACAUGGAUGAGCAUUCGCCUCAGUCGUUCUUGAGUUUACAUCUUUGUGUUCGUAGAAUUAAGACAUUUGCCAUGAUUAUCUCUUCUAUUGAAUUAGUCUAGUUUACAGAGCAAAAUCCAAUCUCUGUGAGUUUAAUCAUUCUUUAUGAGUAUACUGUAUGUUCAAAUCAGUUCCUCUGUUGAGCUGCUUGGGUUCUCUGAAGCGCUCCAGAAGGGAAAACCAUGAUUAUCAUUAAAAGUGAACUUUGGUGGAAUAUUUUGUGAUUUGACUGUAAAAAAAAAUACUUUAACAAUCAAGUAAAUGAAAAAAGUUAAUUGCAAAUCUAAAUCAUUUCAGUUAGAUAUUGUAAUCGGAAAGAUUUGAUAUUUGGGGAUGUAUAUUUGUUCUUUUUGAAAAAAGUCUAUGCUACCCAUGAAGCUACACCUGUCAGCCAGUUAGCUUAGCUUAGCGUGGGCUAGGAACAGGACUAGCGUGGAUCUGUCUGACAGCAACAAUAUCUGUCUACAGCACCUCCAGUAUAUACACGUUACGGCUUCUCUGUGAAAUUUAUACAAGCACUGAAAUGGACACGCAAAAAGUUAAGAUUUUCUGAUUAAAAAAAUCACUCCAGGUUGAGAAACAGUCACAAAAGCACAUAACAGGCUGUCAAACUGCCGUCUGCCUUUUUUACAUCUCAGUGUUUUUGUAGAUUAAACCAGUGAGGGGUUUCCAGCAUUCACAUUUCACACUUUUUAACCGUAACUUUUACAUGUUUUCACAGUAGAUCCAUAUCUUUGUCCACUAUUUUCUACUGCUUUUAGCAAGCUAGUGUAUCUCCACCACUUAUCCCAUUUUAUUAGCAAACUAGGUCAAUUGUUUAAUCAUGCUACUAGCCUUUUGGCUCAACUAUUUGCUCAUUGGUUUUAGCUAACAAGCUAAGUUGUUAGCUGUUCUCCCAACCUUUAUUCAUUACUUUUAGCUCUUCCACCAUUUAUCCAUAACUUGUGGGAAAGUAUUUCUGCUCUUUAGCUAUAACGUUGGCAUAUUUGGACAGUUUAUCUCAGGCUAUUUCCACCAUUUCUUCAUGUAGUUUAGCAUCUACUGUAUUUCCACUGCUUACCCAUAACAUUUAGCUAGCAAUGUCAACUGUUUAUUCAUUACUUUCAUCUGGUAUUUUUCAACCAUUAUCCAUGACUUUUACCUAUUUCACCUGUUUAUCCAUCCACCAUUUUUUCCAUUAUUUUAGCUAGCUGUUGUAUUUCCGUCAUUUAUGCUAAUUUUCUUAACUAACAAGGUCAAAUGUUUAUUCAUACCUUUUGUUGUGGUUGCUCAUUUAUCCAUUCAUUUUAGUUUGUUUAUCUUUAGUUUGAAGCUAUAUUUAACUACUUGCUCAUUAGUGUUGCAUCAGUUAGCUUAUUUCUUACUCCCUUACUAACCAGUUUUCAUUCACUUGUUCCUGCUAGACCUAUAUUCACCCAAAAUGUGGACAUUUCUUUACUAAAGGAAAAAUACUUUCUUCAUCUUAUUGCGUAUCCAUUCUACCCUUAGUUAGAAAUCACUGGUUUAAACACAUUUCCAUGUUAAUUAGUGAGCUUUGGAGGUGCUGGUGGGUUUAUUUUGUCACUUUUGGACAGAACCAGGCUAGCUGUUUCAACCGCCAUGUUCUGACUAUUCAGACAUUCAUGAGUAGCAUCUCGUCAACAUCAUCCAACACGUGAACAAAGAUAUUUCCCAAAUUAUCAGGCUGUCCUAAUCAACAUGACUCAUCUAAAAAGUGUUUGUACUCAGGAUGAUCUUUCCAAUGUGUUUUAAGAAAGACGUUUUUUUGAAGUCCUGUGGAAUUAAGUGUCGAUCAGGCUACCUCCUUCAGAGACAAGGAUGGGUUCUCAUCUAGAAUUUUAAAAGACAUCUGAGGAAAACACAGUACUUAUAUUCAGCUUUGUAAAGCCCCUUCACUCUUUCUUUCCUCAUCAAAAGACUGACGUGGUUGCGUUUUUCCAGGAGCACACUGAUGGCCUAGACUGAGUUAUGGUAGUUCCCUAUAAAUCCCCUCUAACAAGAAUAGACUUCAGGCCAGCCAGUCAGCCAAAUAUACUUGAGUCAGACUCAGUUACAGAAAUAUCAAAACAUUCCAUCUGCAUGACUUUGUAAAGUUCUGCCUUUGUAUAAGUCUGCAUGUUUGUGUACUAGUCUGAUUGUGUCAUGUUGAAGGUCUGAAGGGGCUUGUGUGCAUGUGUGUGUUACGAGUCAAAGCAGGGUCUUCUGCCUUGGAACGGCUCCUGUUUCACAUGGGAAAAAAGUGGAAUAGGUCCCAUCUUCCCAAACCGGUCCGCCGAGCUCCGGUCAGAACAAGCUGCCAAAUCCGACCCCAGCUGCCUUCCCUCUCUGCCUCUUUCAGGAGAUUUUAAUCACUUGGCUGUGGCUGCAUUCAGUGCCAAGGCCCCUCUUCAAGCUCAUGUUCCUCUUCAUCCAGAGGACCGGUCUUCUUUGUGUAUUCACCACCUUUUUGGCUGAUGUUAUUCACUCUGACACCUCAUGUUUGCUAAUUUGCCUGUCACAAGAGAACGAAAAUAAGAAAAAAAAAAAAGACUUCCCCACUUCAGUGCCACCUGCCUCUCUUGUCUCUGUGUCUUCAUAGUGUGGAGAAUCAGGAACUGCCUCAGAUGUGCUCACCGAAGGCCAUCAUGCUCUGCUUUAAUAGCACCUGAGCCAUGCCGUGCUUUUGACUGUGCUACAGUAUCCAUCUAACCUCCCGUUGGCGGUCAUCCACGCGUAGAUUGGCGAUGUUUGUUUUCUCUUUGAUGUACUUAGUGACCUUCCUAUGCCGUGUGAGAGGAAUCGAUGUAUGACAGAAAUUUAUUUUUGGUGUUUUUUUUCUUCUUCUGAACAGUAUUUUCUCUGCCUAAUAAAAUACGUAUUCUGGCUA